CGAAGUCCUAAGUCUACAGUGCGAAGGAAAGCGAGUACAUACAAUCUGGAUCUGGACGUUAUUAAGGAGGCGGGUCGCGGGAUUGGAUCGGGUAGAGGUUGGGCGACAAGGUGGGGACGGUGAGGUCAAGGUCAAAUCAUUUCAAUUGAUUCGAUUCGAUGGCAAUUUUCCAUUCGUGUAAGUCAAGGCAGUCAAGCGUUCUGAGCGUGACGUCGUAUGGACACCUAACGGUCUGAAGCAAAAGUCUGCACCGGCGGGAUGGCAUUUCAAGUGCAUCGAUGAUCGCUGCAAGAGGAGUUGAGGCGCUGUUGUAGAGUGCUGAGAACGUCACACGUGGUGACGAACGAGGAGAAGAGAUGCUGAGCAACGGGCAACACGUGAGAUUCACGUGGAUCUUCAUCAGAAUACGGUGGAUGUUCAGGAGGCAGUAGCUCGAUGUGAGUGGCCCGCUGCCACGUGCUGAGAACACCCAUGCCCCGGCACACAUGGGCCCCGAUCGCAUCUCCCUUGGGUACUGGCAGAGUGACUCGUACUGUCUCCAAUUAAUUACACCUGCCGUUCCAUACUCUGAAGGAAGAUCCCGCAUCCCACCCCCUACCCAUCGCCCAUCGCCCUUGCAUGCUCCCAUAUUAGGCUAGUUGGCGUCUCCAAAAUGACCACACGACAUCCACCCGAGGAGCACUAGGAAUGUUCGAGUAUCCGAGUGGGCGGGGAAGUGGGAGCCGGUGAAGGGAGGAAGAGGUAGGAAAGAAGUCAGCGACAUGUUUGCUUGCGCCCCCAUGGGGCAAAUUCUUGGCGUACUAAAACUGUUCUUGGUGGUGCACACUUCGAUACGCACCUGAAACGUGCACGCAGUGUGUCGUGCCGAUGAAACGGGUGCAAAGCAUGGAUUUCAGAGGGAGCAAAAACCGCACUGAGCUUUAUGUCUUAAACGUACAUGUACUGUGUGCUAACAUUGCCGAUGAAGUGCGAGUGAGAGGCGUUAAGCCCUCGUCGUUUCUCUGUUGAGAGCCGGGAGCUUGGAACACUAGCACGCAGUCAUCGAUAGGACAGGCGUGAAGAUCUGACAAGAAGGAAACUCGCGAAGCUCAGCGUGCUGCAGUCAAUGUUGGUUAGUAAAGAUCCCAGGAUUGAAGAGACAGGGAACGUUUUUUCAAUGCGGGUUUUGGUAGAACUGGGCACGUCAUUGCAGGACUUUAAGAUAGUGUCUUCGCAGUAUUUUCCAGGUCGGAGUUAAGGAUCAACUUCCAUAUACUCAGGUGCAAGCAUCAUAUUUUAAGACAUAUUCUCCACAACUAUUUGAUUUGACGAGCCAGCAGUCAACCGCGCCUUUUCUUCAGUUUAUCUUCAGAUUACAGCAAUCACCAAGAGCAUUGUAUCUUGGCCAGCCGGUGGUUUCCAGCUUGAAGCACACAUUGAGUCAACAACCAAGGACGAGCAGCUUCUCGGGUGUUCCUUCGAGGCGAACUCCUUAUAUUGGAGGAAAGCUGAUGACGAUUGCAAAGUCACAUUUCAGCACUAACAAGUGCAAUUCUCAUAGGGGACGUAGGAAAAAUUACAAACACAUGCUUGUCCGCCCUUCAAGUGUACCCGCUUACGUUCUUCGCCGAACGAGAUCGAUCUACUUGGAUUACUUUAAGCUUUUGACUCCAUCAAUUAGUCUGCAAGAUUUCAAUUAUCGACUGUGCAAGCUUCUUGAUCACCACAACCAGAUGAUGACUCUGUGCAUGAGCUUGCCUGAAUUUCGUGACGAACAGAGGGAGAUCAUUAGUCACCACUAUCAGUUGCUGGCGUCAACUAUGUGCGUUUUGUCCUACGUCAACUCAACGAGUUUACCUUAGCACAUUCAUAUGUCUAAACGACAGCAUCAAAAGUACUCGGCAUUUAUGUGCUUUUAGUGAGAAACUUGAUACAUGAAUUAGGCAUUAGGCAGAUUGCAGCCGAGCCCUGUCAAGUGAUAAGCUUGUAAUUUAGUGAAUCCACAACUCAUGGCUAUGACAAUCUAUGUGGAACAUUAUACAGCUUUUCUUCAUUGGGGUGUGGCCAUAAUUAAGGUGUAUAUAGGUCUGUGACUCUUUCUGAUGUGAGAAGAAAAAGUAGAUGUCAAUGAGAAGUAGAGAUUAGCUACGUGAUAAACUUUGCUGCUUAUUGAGAGGAUGACGUAGAAGUAGCAUGUAGCUUUUGAACUGGGAAUGUUUUACCGCCGAUUGAUGUAAAGCUGUGACCAAUGAUCUCGUGCAACAAUAGACCUUUUUGAACAGGACGCACCCACAGGAGUAGACUUGUCCGCACAGUCUGACAUAUCCCUUCUCAAUCCCAUAUAUGGACUUUAUUUGCGAUGUUUGGCAGCUUGCUACAGAAAAGGUAAAGCGUAUCGAUAAAUGAUCCUAUAAAUGGAAAUUAAAGUUCCCA